UUAAGAAGAAAAGGCGAAACUGUCUAAGCUGUGCACCCAAAGUUGACUGCUCUGCAAGAGUGCUCUGUUUACUCUUAUUUUUGCUUCUCUUAUCCACCAAAUGGCGGCUUCUAUUCAGCUACAUGCCCGGUCCAUCAAAGCUCCGUUCAAUCUAAAACCCGUUGCCAAACAGUCUCUCAAACCGAGCAGGAUCAGUUGCGCCGCCGCUGUCGCCAAACCAACCACACGCUACAGCAUCACUCUCCUUCCCGGCGAUGGUAUCGGCCCUGAAGUCAUCUCCGUCGCCAAAACCGUCCUCAAACUCGCUGGCUCCCUCGAAGGGAUUGAAUUUAGCUUCCAACAGAUGCCGAUGGGUGGAGCUGCUUUGGAUUUGACUGGAGUUCCAUUGCCUGAGGAAACCCUUUCAGCAGCACAAAGAGCUGAUGCCAUUCUCCUUGGAGCAAUUGGAGGGUAUAAGUGGGAUAAAAAUGAAAAACACUUGAAGCCAGAGACUGGUCUACUUCAGCUUAGAGAAGGACUUAAAGUCUUCGCAAAUUUGAGGCCUGCUACUGUUUUACCACAGUUAGUGGACUCUUCAACUUUGAAGAAAGAUGUUGCUGAGGGUGUUGACCUUAUGGUUGUAAGGGAGCUUACUGGAGGUAUUUAUUUUGGAAAACCAAGGGGAUUUGGUACUAAUGAAAAGGGUGAGGAUAUUGGCUUCAACACUGAGGUGUAUGCUACUCAUGAGAUUGAUCGAAUUGCUCGUAUUGCUUUUGAGAUUGCUCGGAAGCGGCGUGGACAACUCUGUUCUGUUGACAAAGCUAAUGUUUUGGAGGCAUCAAUGUUUUGGAGGAAAAGAGUUACGGCAAUUGCUUCUGAAUAUCCUGACGUUGAGCUCUCACACAUGUAUGUUGACAAUGCAGCAAUGCAGCUUGUUCGCUACCCAAAACAGUUUGAUACAAUUGUGACCAACAACAUAUUUGGUGAUAUUUUGUCUGAUGAGGCUUCAAUGAUCACUGGAAGCAUAGGGAUGCUUCCAUCUGCUAGUCUUGGUGAAUCAGGACCUGGACUAUUUGAGCCUAUUCAUGGUUCUGCUCCUGAUAUUGCUGGACAGGACAAGGCAAACCCGCUUGCAACAAUUCUCAGUGCUGCAAUGCUUUUGAAGUAUGGCCUAGGUGAAGCAAAUGCUGCAAAGAGAAUUGAGAAUGCAGUUCUGGAUACUCUUAAUAGGGGUUUCCGAACAGGCGAUAUAUAUUCUGCUGGAAACAAACUAGUCGGCUGCAAGGAGAUGGGUGAGGAAGUACUGAAAUCAGUUGGCUCCUCAGUUGCAGCUGCUAUCUGAAUCAAAAACGGCUGAGUACCAAUACAGGAG